AUGAGUUUCGCUAAUGAUCUGUCUGGGCCAGCGGAUUCAAAUGUUCGUCAAACCCUCUUCUCUUACACGUCGGGGCGAUUCAUCUACAACGAAACAAAGCGUCUGGCGGAAAGAUAUGUUGUAUUCAAUGUCGCAGCACUCAAAGAAGCAGUCUGCAAACAUACAGGUCGGUCCAGGGUGACCAGCCUCGCGAAGCUUGCAGAGGGCCGUUUCAAUCGGGUUUUCCUCCUGGCUCUAGAUGAUGGCCUUCAGGUUAUUGUCAAAAUCCCCUUCCACAACUCGCUCCCCAAACAGUUUGCCACCGCCAGCGAGGUUGCAACCCUCUCAUUUCUUCGCACAAAAGGUGUUCCCGUUCCCAAGGUCUAUGGCUGGUCAUCGGUGGCCGAUAACGAAGUCGGGACCGAGUAUAUCGUCAUGGACUAUGUUUCUGGCGUUGGCCUGGACACCAAAUGGUACAACUUGACGAGACAAGAGCAAACCACUGUGGCUAUACAGAUCGUCGAAGUGGAGAGGAUACUCUUCAACAUUCCCUUCGGCUCAUACGGAAGCAUAUAUUUCAAGAAGAAUAUUCCUCCCAAAUUGCAGUCGAACCUCUACGUCCAUGGGGUUAAAGAUCCAUUGGGAGAUUCUGACAUCUUCUGCAUUGGGCCGACCGUGGAUUACAGGUUUUGGCAUGGCAAACGGGCCGAGAUGCAAGUGGAUCGCGGACCAUGGCGUAACCCGCAUGAAUAUCUUGCAGCCAUCGGGAAACGUGAACUAGAAUGGACCUACCGGUACGGAAAGCCGCUUGAGGGAGACUUUCCUUUCAACAAAAUUCAACCGGGAAUGGUUUACCCUGGCGCAUAUUGCGCUUUGCUUGAAAAAUAUAUCUCAAUGUCUCCUUUUCUCUUGCCAAGGGACACCAGACACCCUGGCAAUUCACCAACGCUGCGCCAUCCAGAUCUUACACCCAGCGAUGUCUUCAUAUCCCCAGAAACGUUUAAAAUCAGUGGGAUCAUUGACUGGCAGCAUACGGUGAUUGUACCUCGAUUGCUAGCUUCCGGCCAUCCACGCCUAUUCAAAAGCCCCGACGGCACGCCGCCACCAACACCUGGUGCCCCUCAACCACCAGAUGGAUAUGAGUCACUGGAUCCCGAAUCGAAGGCCCAGGUUGACGAAUUACUCCGGCGACGAUACCUGUACUAUUUUUAUGACGUGUUCAAUCGCGCGAAAAACCAUAUUCAUAUGAUUGCUUGCGCUAAUUCAUUACUUGAGCCACGCAAACAACUGGUGGAUUAUGCCGGCCGUCAAUGGAAUGGCAGCCUGAUAUCCUUACGAGGCGCUCUUAUCCAGAUGUGCGAAUGGUGGGCUUUGCUCCAGGAACGUAGCUGGGAGACUUGCCCUAUAACUUUUACGGCGGCCGAGGUGAAAGAGCAAGAAGCUCAUGAGCCCAUAUUUUUUGACUUUACAGGCCUGAUCAACUGCUGGCGAGAAGGGAUAGGUGGAAUGAGCGACAAUGGCUGGGUGAAGACAGAGGUUUAUGAGCAAGCGGCAAUGCAGAACCGGGAGCUGAAAGAGCGGCUUUUGGAAAAUGCUGAUCCGGUCGAGUUUGACAAGAUACAACGAGGUUGGCCGUUUCAGGAUAAGGAGGAGUUCCUUUGA